GAGAUUGCUACAAAUAGCCAGAGCUGGAGCUACAGCUCCUCACUCUGUUACCCUCCUCAAUUCAUCCAGCUUAGACCACCAGCCAGCAAGCCGCCACCAUGAGCAAAUCCUAUUCCUCCGCCUCUCAGUCGUCUUCCUCCUACCGCCGCACUUUCGGCUCCGGCAUGUCUCCAUCCGUAGUGCGCAGCGUCUUCCCCGGCCGUGGCUCCUCCAGUGCCUCCCAUAUGUCAUCCCGUGUCUACGAGAUGAGCAAGACCUCCUCGCCCAUCUACUCCAGCUAUCGCUCCUCUUCCAGCUUCGGGCUGCCUUCCUCACGCUAUGCCGGUCUGGGGGAGACCCUGGACUUCAGUCUCGCCGACGCCAUGAACCAGGAUUUCCUCGCUACUCGCACCAAUGAGAAAGCUGAACUCCAGCACCUGAAUGACCGCUUUGCUAACUACAUCGAGAAGGUGCGCUUUCUGGAGCAGCAGAACCAGGCCCUGGUCGUGGAGAUCGAUCGGCUGCGCAGCCGCGAGCCCACACGCAUCGCCGACAUAUACGAGGAGGAGAUGCGGGAGUUGCGCAGGCAGAUUGAGGCUCUGACCAAUCAGAGAUCCCGUGUGGAAGUGGAAAGGGACAACCUGGCAGAUGACCUUCAAAAAAUCAAACUCAGGUUGCAGGAGGAGAUUCAUCUGAAAGAGGAGGCAGAGAGUAAUCUAGUUGCCUUUAGAGCGGAUGUAGAUGCCGCCACACUGGCCAGGCUGGACCUGGAGAGGCGCAUUGAGACUCUGCAGGAGGAGAUCACCUUCCUCAAGAAGAUCCAUGAAGAGGAAAUUCGUGAGCUGCAGGCCCAAAUGCAGGAGACGCAGGUCCAGAUCCAGAUGGACAUGUCCAAGCCAGACCUGACGGCAGCCCUCCGGGACAUCCGGGCCCAGUAUGAGGGCAUCGCUGCCAAGAACAUCGCAGAAGCUGAGGAGUGGUACAAGUCCAAGGUUUCGGAUCUAAACCAGGCCGUCAGCAAGAACAAUGACGCUCUGAGGCAGGCCAAACAGGAUAGUAUGGAGUUCCGCCACCAGAUCCAGUCCUACACCUGUGAGAUCGAUUCUCUGAAGGGCACCAAUGAGUCUCUGAUGAGGCAGAUGCGGGAGAUGGAGGACCGCAUGGGCCGCGAGGCCGGCGGAUACCAGGACACGAUCACUAGGCUGGAGGCUGAGAUCGCCAACAUGAAGGAUGAGAUGGCCAGGCACCUGCGGGAGUACCAGGACCUGCUUAACGUCAAGAUGGCUCUGGAUGUGGAGAUCGCCACCUACAGGAAGCUGCUGGAGGGAGAGGAGAGCAGGAUUGCUAUCCCCAUGCAUGCCUACUCCACGCUGAGCUUCCGAGAGACCAGUCCUGAGCAGCGCUCAUCUGAGCUCCAUUCCAAGAAAACAGUUCUGAUAAAGACCAUCGAGACCCGCGAUGGCGAGGCUAGCUUCAGAUAGAAGAUGGGGGCCCGUAGAGUCGUUGUGUCGUCAGUGAAUCCACACAGCACCAACAGGAUAUAAUGUGAGGCAGGGACGCAAGAAACAGAAAAAAGCAAAAUAAACUGAGCGUCCACUUUCCAAAAUGGUCUUUAUUUAACAGGAAAAGCAUGCAACCUUUAGUGCACAUAUGUAAAUCACUGUCAUAAAAUCAUCACUUGGUAUCAGUAACAGCGAGUAAAGAACAGGAAAUAUGACCAAAGAAAGUCACAGCUGAAUGUGCUACGGCUUGUAUGUGUGUUGAACUCUUAGAAUAUUUAAUAUCUUUCAAUAUUUAAAACCUCUAAUAAAUAUUUAGUCUUCAGAUAACCUAGUUGUGUAGAUUUUAUAUCCGUUUAACUCUAAGACACUAUGUUACACUACAUAAAAUCUGUUUUUUUGUUCUGCACACAAAUGCAAGUGCAAAGUGGAUUAUUGGCUAAUUGGUAUAGAUUCUAAGUGUUUGUUGUUUCAGCCUCAAGGCAGAAUGCCUGUCUUUAGCUGAGGAGUGUCUAACAAGAAUGUCUUUCAGUGCAGAGCAAGAAGCCGCCAACACUGAUCCAGCUUUGAAAGACAGUUAAUAUUUAUCUCCUCUUACAUUCCAGAGGUGAAGCUCUGCUUCUGUUGCCUAAGAUGUCCACUGUGCUUUACAGCAGGUUUAGGAUGGAGGACACAACAGGGCCCCAUGUUCCUGCGGCAUAUUACUCUGCUAUGCCUCCCAACAUACUGGGUAUAAGAAUGAAUACGGAAGAGCUGGGGCUUAUAUUUAUGGCACAUAACCCUGAGUGUAUGCCUGUCACAGGCUCAAUUUAUUAUCUGAUAGACCAGAUUCUGAUUGUGCUCAAGGAGGGCUGUUGUGUAUGGCUGGUGGGCAAAGAUUGUUCUGGGAAUGUGAGACCAUUGAGGGAAAAGUUAUAGAUCUUUGAGGCAUAUGAGAUUUGGUGUGUUCUGAGGAAAAUAAAAUGAAAUGGAAUAUUUAACUGACCAAUGAGAGCUAGGACGGGAAAAUGUGUUUCCCAGUAAAUAAUAAACACAGACAUUGUUAUUUA